UUUGCUCUUGAUGGCGACCUUUUCGAGGUUGAUACAUGACCUUCAAAAACGGCACCAACCACUAUCCAAAUCUUGGCCAUCUGUCAAACGGCGCCUCACCGUCAAACGAAGGUGUUUUUUUUCGCAACAUUAUCAGCUGUAUUUUGGCCUGUGCCGCGUUGUAAGCUACAGGAAAAUAGUGAAACAUUAGCGAAAUUGGCCUCAAACUGGGGGAAACGCUAGCAUCUCGAUAGGGUUUAAAAAUGACUAAAACACGCUUCAACACGUACGAUGUGGUGUGCUCGGUGACGGAGCUACAGAAGCUGAUUGGCAUGCGAGUGAAUCAAAUCUACGACAUCGACAACAAAACGUAUCUGAUCCGGUUGGCCCGGAACGAGGAGAAGGUGGUGCUGCUGCUCGAGUCGGGCCUGCGCUUUCACACCACCAGCUUCGAGUGGCCGAAGAAUGUGGCCCCGUCCGGCUUUACGAUGAAGAUGCGCAAGCAUCUGAAAAAUAAGCGGCUCGAAAGCCUGCAGCAGCUGGGCGUGGACCGUAUCGUGGACUUUCAGUUCGGCACGGGCGAAGCGGCCUACCACAUCAUACUGGAGCUGUACGACCGGGGCAACAUCCUGCUGACGGACUGCGACCUGCGCAUCCUCAACAUACUGCGCCCGCACGUGGAGGGCGAAGAGUUGCGGUUUGCGGUGCGCGAAAAGUACCCCAAGGACCGGGCCAAGCAGGACAAUGGGCCGCCGUCGAUGGAGCAGAUCAAGGAAGCGAUCCAGAAGGCACAGCCGGGCGACACGCUGCGUACCGCGCUGAACCCGAUCCUCGAGUACGGUGCGUCGGUGAUCGAUCACGUGCUACAUAGGCAGGGUCUGUUCGGGUGCCGCAUCGGGGGCGAGCUGCCGAACGAUCCCGCCCUGCCGAAGAAGGUGAAGAAGAAGCAGAAAAACAUUGCGAAAGAGUUUGCGAAGGUGUUCGACAUGGAGACGGACCUGGGCCCGUUGAUGAGCGCCAUCAACGAGGCGGAAACCAUGCUGCGGGAGGCGCAAAAGCACCCCUCCCCCGGGUACAUCAUACAGAAGAAGGAGGUGAAGCCGACGAAGCAGGGCGACGAGGAGGAGUAUUACUUCACCAACCUGGAGUACCAGCCGUACAUGUACAACCAGUACCAGGGCGAACCGUUCAAGGCGUUCGAUUCGUUCACGACCGCGGUCGAUGAGUUUUACUCCUCGCUGGAAAGCCAAAAGAUCGAUCUAAAGGCUUUCGCCCAGGAGCGGGAAGCGCUGAAGAAGCUGUCGAACGUCAAGACGGACCACGCCAAGCGUAUCGAGGAGCUGACGAAGGCACAGCUGGAGGAUCGCAAGAGGGCGGAGCUGAUCACGCGCAAUCAGGACCUGGUCGAUAAGGCGCUACUCGCGGUGCAGAGUGCGCUGGCAGCACAGAUGUCGUGGACCGACAUACAGGAUCUGGUGAAGGCGGCCCAGGCAAACAAGGAUCCGGUGGCGUCCUGCAUUCGGCAGCUGAAGCUCGAGAUUAACCACAUCUCGCUGCACCUUACCGAUCCGUACGCGUCGCUGGACGAGCAGGCUAGCGACGAGGAGGAGGAGGAGGACAGCGAGCGGGAAGACGAUGAGGCAAAGCUGGUGCCGAUGGUUGUCGAUGUUGAUCUGGCCCUAUCGGCGUUUGCCAAUGCGAGACGGUACUACGACCAGCGCCGCUUUGCGGCUCGCAAGGAACAGAAAACGAUCGAGUCCAGCUCGAAGGCGUUGAAAAACGCGGAACGCAAAACGAUACAGACGCUGAAGGACGUUCGCACGCAGACGACCAUAUCGAAGGUGCGCAAGGUGUACUGGUUCGAGAAGUUCUACUGGUUUGUCAGCUCGGAAAACUACCUGGUGAUCGGCGGGCGGGACCAGCAGCAGAACGAGCUGAUUGUGAAGCGAUACAUGCGGCCGACCGACAUCUACGUGCAUGCCGAAAUUCAGGGCGCAUCGAGCGUUAUAAUCAAAAACCCGGCCGGGGGCGAGAUUCCGCCGAAAACGCUGCUCGAGGCAGGCACUAUGGCCAUCUCGUACAGUGUGGCCUGGGACGCGAAGGUGGUGACGAGUGCGUACUGGGUGCACAGCGAGCAGGUGAGCAAGACGGCCCCGACUGGAGAAUAUCUGACGACCGGUAGCUUUAUGAUACGGGGGCGCAAAAACUUCCUACCCCCAUGCCAUUUGGUGUUGGGCCUGUCGUUUCUGUUUAAGCUCGAGGACAGCUCGGUCGAGCGGCAUCGGGGUGAGCGGCGGGUGCGCACAUUUGACGACGAAUCGGUCAUUAGCAAGGAUGAGGUACGGUCGGAAAUAUCGGAGCAGGAGGCGGAGCAAGAGAUCAAGCUAGAGGAUGAUGAAUCGGAUCAGGAUGAUGAGCAAGAACCGUCCCAAUCGCAGACCGAACCGAAGCAAGAGGCAGACACUCUGCCCGGGCAGGUUAACAAGCUGUCCAUCGCAAAGAAAGAAAAGCCAGUGGAAAAGAGCUCGAGCGAGCCAUUGCCAGAGCCGGCGGAGGAAGAGGAAGAUAACGAUUUGCCCCAGUUCCCGGACACACACAUCAAGGUAGAGCAUGACACUGGCAAGGUGUCGGUGCGGGCGGAUCCCAUGCUGCAGCGGCUAACGUCCGAGCCGGACCCGGACUCGGUGAUUUUCCUCGGCGACGACAAGCCGUACAUAAUUCAACCGUCGGCACCGCGCAAAAAGCAGAUCUCGAAGAGCAAGCAAAAGGCAAAGGACCAGAAAGAGAAAGAGCAGAAGGCGAAGGAAAAACAGGCCGCUCCCGCGAAAGCAGCAGAGGAGCAGCAGAAGCCCGGCCAGCUGAAGCGUGGCCAGAAGGCAAAGAUGCGUAAAAUCAAGGAAAAGUAUAAGGACCAGGACGACGACGAUCGGAAGCUGAUAAUGGAGAUCCUGAAGUCGGCCGGCAAUCGCAAGCAGGACGAGGGCACGAAGGACGACGCCGAUCAGCGGCAGGACGGGGCGGGCGGUGGUAAGGGUGGCGGUGGCGUGGGCAAGCGUACGCCCCGCUUGAAGCCGGGCGAGUUCGAGGAGCUGGGUGACGAUACGCCGGCCGCGGCCGAUUUGGACAUGCUCGAUACGCUGACCGGGCAGCCGGUGGAGGAGGACGAGCUGCUGUUCGCCAUUCCGGUGGUAGCGCCGUACCAGUCGCUGCACAACUACAAGUACAAGGUGAAGCUAACGCCCGGUACCGGCAAGCGGGGCAAGGCAAGUAAGAUGGCGUUGCAAAUAUUCCUGAAGGACAAGCAGUGUACGGCUCGGGAGAAGGAUCUGCUGAAAGCGGUAAAGGACGAGGUGCUGGCUAGAAAUAUCCCGGGCAAGGUGAAACUGUCUGCGCCCCAGAUGCAGAAGGCGGUCCGGAAAUAGGCGGCACGGGGUGGGAAGGAUAGGGGUUGGUAUCGUUACGUUUCGCUCAAUAAAAUGUUACUCUUUCAGUGCAAAA